UCUCCUUAUUCAGAAGGCACAACCCAGUGAAAUAGCAAACCGCUACACUAAUAACUCAUCGCACUCACUGCUCGCUAAUGCAAACGUGAUCUCUACAACAACUCAAGCAGCGACCAAACAGAUGAGAAUCCAAUUCCACUCACAUUAAUUCUUAUUAUUUGAGCGGUAUCGCUGUGAUAAACCUUGAGGCAAACCUUGAGGCAAACCUUAGGUACCUAAACUAGAAGGCUAAAGGAGAGCCGAAAAUGCGCGUCUACCUACUAUAAGACUUAAUAGGCAAUAUUCGUCAUACCUAUCAAGCAAGCAGUAAUAUCGCCAUAGGUAGUAUUAAGAUGGCUGAUCCCAUGGAGCUUGACGAGCCAAGAGGCACCAAACGAAAGGACCCAUCGUCUCCAGAUGAAUACACUCCCCGCCGAAUCAAGGCACUGGAUCCAGACGUUGUGAACAAGAUUGCUGCCGGCGAAAUCAUCGUAGCCCCAGUACAUGCUUUGAAAGAGUUGAUUGAGAAUGCGGUUGAUGCAGGUUCGACCUCUCUAGAAGUGCUGGUUAAAGAUGGCGGUCUCAAGUUAUUGCAGAUCACCGAUAAUGGCCAUGGAAUUAAUAAAGAGGACUUGCCGAUCCUAUGUGAGAGAUUCACCACGUCGAAACUCAAGAAAUUUGAGGACCUGAGCAAUAUAUGCACCUAUGGCUUCCGGGGCGAAGCCCUCGCCAGCAUCAGCCACAUUGCCCACUUAACAGUAACUACGAGGACCAAAGACUCUAAUUGUUCGUGGCGAGCGCAUUUCGAUGGCGGCAAGCUAUCGCCUGCAAAGCCCGGGCAGCAGCCCGACCCUAAACCUAUUGCUGGGCGUAUUGGUACUCAGAUAUCAGUUGAGGACUUGUUUUACAAUGUUCCAACGCGACGCAAAGCCUUUAGGUCCGCUUCCGAUGAGUAUAACAAGAUCAUUGAUAUGGUGGGACGUUAUGCCAUUCACUGCAGUGGUGUCGCUUUCUCAUGUAAGAAGCAUGGCGAUUCGGGUACAUCGAUCACGGUGCAACAACAAGCUUCUACGAUCGACCGUAUUCGUCAGAUCCACGGCAGCACCGUUGCGAGUGAGCUGAUAGAGUUCGCCGCGUCCGAUGACCGCUGGGGCUUUAAGGCUUCAGGAUGGGCGACAAAUGCCAAUUACCAUAUCAAGAAAACGACCCUCCUUCUUUUCAUCAACCAUCGUAGUGUUGAUUCAUCUAACAUCAAGAAAGCGGUGGAACAGACAUACUCCGCCUUCCUUCCUAAAAAUGGACAUCCAUUCGUUUACCUGAGCCUUGAAAUUGACCCUCAACGAGUCGACGUCAAUGUCCAUCCAACGAAGAAAGAAGUUAACUUUCUGAAUGAGGAUGAGAUCAUCCAAUGUAUCUGUGAAAAUAUCCGGGAUAAGCUAGCAGCAGUUGAUACGAGUCGCACUUUCUUCACACAGACUCUACUCCCCGGUUCUAUGCUUUCCGAUACCUCUCAACCAGACGUGAAUAGCUCUUCUGUUAAAACACCGGGCGGCCCGCGAAAAGCGCUUGUGCGGCCCGAUGAACGCAACAUGGUUAGAACGGAUGCUUCUCUGCGCAAGAUCACCAGCAUGUUCUCUGCGGCCUCGCCAUCGCCAGCAACUCGUACAUCGAGUAAUGCCGCACCCGACAUAGCCCAAGAACCGGUUUACGAAAUAACUGACCGUGAGCCGAUUCUCUGUCGACUCACUAGUGUGCGCGAACUUCGCUCCGCCGUUAGAGACGAUAUGCACCACGAGCUCACCGAGAUAUUUGCUAAUCACACCUUCGUGGGCAUCGUAGACGAGAGACGCCGACUGGCCGCCAUUCAAGGAGGCGUCAAGCUCUUUCUUAUCGAUUACGGCAGAGCAUGUUUCGAGUAUUUCUACCAGGUUGGGCUCACCGAUUUUGGUAAUUUCGGUGUUAUAAAAUUCCAGCCUGCGCUUGACCUACGUGAAGUUCUCAAAAUUGCGGCCGAACAGGAAAAAGCUGCCGCCCCGGACGAUGAAUUUGAUGUAGGCGAUGUUGUGGAUACGGUGGCAGAACAGCUGAUCGAGAGAAGGGAAAUGUUGCUAGAGUACUUCAACUUUGACAUAUCUCCAGCCGGCGAGCUAUCGAGCAUGCCACUUCUCCUGAAGGGUUACACGCCAUCUAUGGCGAAAUUGCCGCAAUUUCUUCUACGCCUUGGUCCCCAUGUGAAUUGGACAGACGAGAAGCUAUGUUUCGAAACAUUCCUCAAGGAGCUAGCAACAUUCUAUGUCCCAGAACAGCUUCCGGCGCUCCCGAGUAACGAUGAGACUGAGGAAGAUAUCCCUGAUGAAAUCAAAGCAAGAAGAGAACAGAUCCGACGCGCAGUGGAACAUAUCUUCUUUCCGGCAUUCAAGGCAAGAUUGGUAGCGACAAAGUCGUUCAUGAAGGGUGGUGUACUUGAAUUGGCGAGCCUCAAGGGACUUUAUAGGGUCUUCGAACGUUGCUGAUGUGCGCGCGGAACAUUUGAUACCCAUAUGCAUUACGAAUAUAGUAAAAUAUUGCUGAUUAUAGAAAAGUUGAGUCCAGUCAUCCUAUGCAUAGGUACCUAGUAAUGGCUUGUAAAAGGGAAUCUGGGAUAGGCUUAUAUUAUAUUGCUAAUUAUAUAUCAUUUAGGUAACGUAGUUUCUAGUAGUCGCACCGAGACUGAGAAAGACAUGGUUAAAGAGGG